AUGUGUGUUACAUUCGUCUGUACUGAUAGUAUUGAGCGUGGAUUACCUUACAAAUUGAUUUUGAUCAACAACAGAGAUGAGAUGUUGGAUCGGCCGACUUCGGAGAGUCGGUGGGAGGAGGGAUAUCUUGCUGGUAAGUUACAUUGAAAUUCAUUACAUUAAAUAAUGGCACAUAUAAACUUAUGUUAUAAUGGAACUUUAAUAUAAUAAAGCUUUUAUAUAUACAGAGCUUAUAAUUUUAUGUUACGAGAAUGAUCAAUGACUUCAGGUCGAGAUGAAAUGGCAAAAGAACGUGGAACGUGGCUUGGUAUUACGAAUGAUGGUCGUAUUGGGAACAUACUAUCAAUUACCGAACCGAGAGACAAGCCUUUGAAGCCUGGGGCUCCGAGUAGAGGUAAUUUUGGCUUAUUACUGUUCAGUCUUAUGUUUUUGUUGUUACAUAGUAAAAAGUUUAAAAGAUACUCCAAAUUAAACGUAGUAGACGUCGUUGUUUGUAAAAUACACGGGAAGCAGCGGUGGCAAUGUAUUUUUAGGAUAUAUAAUCUAUAGUAAUAUACUUUUUCAGGAGCAAUAGCCAAAAACUUUUUGGUGAGUAAUCAGAAUGUGGAACAAUUUGGAGAAAAGUUAUCAAAGUCAGCUCAAGCUUACAAUGGAUUUCACUUUGUGGGCCUUCAGUUGUAAGUUUGGCUAGAGGUACAUUUAAAGGAAGGCUUUUAAGCUGGGACCUGACAUCCAUUUUGAGACGAGGGUUUUAGGUUCAUUUUCUUGUGAUUGGCCUAGUCUAGUAUAUAAUAGAUAAUAAAGUUCAAAAACCAACUAGUCGUAUUUCUUCAUUACCUCAUGAAUCACUGUUGAAUACUUUUCUUGUGUUUGUUGUUUGUUCCGUAAAUAAUCUAGUUAAAAGUGCAAAUUUACAAAUUCUUGUUGUAUUUAUUAUUGUGAAAUAGUUUUUAAUAAUUCAGGAUUUUUUGCAGAAAUUCCUCGCGGUGUUUCGACGUUUUUUGCAUGACAAAUCGGCUUGUACCUGAAAUACAUUUGCAUAAAUGGCCAAAAGGCAAGUACAGUGCUAGUUUGACUAAAUAAACACUAUGGUCAUUCAACAGAGUAUGAUCAAAAAGUUUUUACUGCUUUAAUGACAUUUUAAAGUUUUUAAAUACCAUAUAAUAAUCCGGUAAAUUUACCGGUAAAAACCGGUAAAAUUUUUACCGAAAAAUCAAUUUACCGGUAAAUGUCCAACCCUAGUUUGUAGAAAUUUGAAAAAUUUAUCAUAAAGUUGCAAAAUUAGCCAAAAUGCUGCUUUUCGGACUAAAAUAAUGUAAUUUCUGUCUAAUUAUUGACCGGAAUUGGUAAUUUUUUACAUUUUUGGAUUAAGAUGUUAAUUGUAAAAGUACUAUUAUAUUGUUCAACUAAUUCUGUGCUUCCUAUUCUCAAAAAUUUGCGUUAAAAGGGGCACAGGGUUUUUGGACAACCUAAUAGUAAGCUAGAAACUUAUAUAAAUCUCAAUUUCAGGCUUAUAUGGCUUUGGAAACAGUCCAAGAUCGUCUCAAAUGAGGAAAGUCGAAAGAGGAGAGAAGAUAUUUAAAGACGUAGUAGACAGUUUACAUGGUAAAUCUGAAGAUGAAAUGGUUGAAGCUUUUUUGUCAAUACUUAAGGAUACUGAAAAGUAAGUUUGACUGUUAUGAGAUACGAUAUAUUAUUUUUUACUAUGGCAUUUUACAAUAGUUUUUGUGGUUUUGCAUUUUUUUGAAAAAUUUUUUAAAAUUUAAAGUCUAAAAAAUUAAAAAUUAAAUUUGAAAAAAUAUUGUUACUGUAAACAAAAAUUGUAUAAACAUUAAUAUCUUGCAAAAUUUACGAUGUAUUUGCUAUAACUCCAAAUUAGCCAAAAUACGUGUUACUUUACAAAAAUUUAACAUGUAGUACGAUAUAACAUCAUAGUAAUCGCAUUUCUUUUUGUAGGGUUGGUAUCUUGCAAAAAAGUGUAAUACACUUAAAGGCUUUUUAUGAUUAGAAUAGUUGGUCGGUUAAAAUAUUCGCACACAAAAUACUAUGUACUAAAUACUAUAUAAAUAUAUGACUAAAAUAAUGAGUCCAAGGACUUUUGUCGCACCCUAUUAUUAGUUUGUUCAAAUAAUUCUGUGCUUUCUCUCAGCUUAUUUGCGUUGUUAUGGGCGCAAAAUUAUUUGAACAACCUAAUCGUAUGUUUGUAUCGCUAAUAUUUUUAAUGGAUUGUAGAGUUCAAAAGUUUAGAUACAUACAGUAAUUAACAGUGAUUAAAAAUGUAGAAAGAUAGGGGUUUAAGGUGGGAUUUAAGAUUUAUGGUUGCGAUACUGUGUUUUACAUAUGGCUUGUAUUAUAAUGUAAUGUGUAAUAUAUUAUAGUUUACCUUUGUGGUAUUAAGAGGAUUUUCAGAAUAUACCCAUGUAAACAGUACGCCUUACAAACUCAGAAAGAUGAAAGUUACUACAAGUACUUGACUUCCCUCUUUGUCCAGUUUCCACAUGAGAUUGUCAAGUAUGGUACGAGGUAUGUUGUUAUAUUAUGUACAGCGUUCGGGUUGAGUUUUGAAGGCUAAAGGUUAAGGGGAGGGGGUAAGUAAGUAAAGGAGAGAUAACAUAACCUAAGGAUAUGAAUAGGGCCAGGGCUAAAUCUGGAACUACGACUAGGACUAUGGCUAAUAAUAGGUCUAGAGCUGAAGCUAUGGGUAGGGCUAGUGCUACGGCCAACUAGGGUUACGUAUAUGGCUAUGACUAGAGAGGUGUCGGGGAAGCUUAUCAUAGUAAUCUAGGAACUUCAAUUUUUAAAUUUUUUCUUGUGUUUUCUAUGGAUUUUCUGACCGGUUUUUAAGUUUCACAUAGUGUCAUGGAUGGUCUAUACUUAUAUUUACAAAAUUCUGUUUCAGAUGUCACACGAUGAUAUUGGUGGACAAAGAUGACCAUGUAAAGUACAUUGAGAUACGACUGGUGGAUUCUGGAGCCAACAAAUGGGAAAAGUUGGUCCAUCAGUUUAUUUUAGAUUAG